AGAAAUAAAGACAUAAAGAAGAUAAUCGAUAAAGACACGCCAUUUUUCCUCCUUUCUCGACGACGUGUCCGCCAUUAUGGUCUAAAAAAAAAAGUCAUUAGCUAAUCUUCGUUCCAGCAUUCAGAAAUCAAGUGGGAAAAUGUCCGCGAGACCGGAGGAACUUUGCGGAGUGAAGGAGGAGCCCCCAUGUCACCGACACUCGACUGUGUGCAAAUUAAUGCGCGCUAAGGUUGUUCUUCACAGACUAGAAGAUCUAUACGUCAGCCAAGCCCGUUAUUCUGAGCACCUGGAGUCUGCAUGCAUCAAGGACGAGGAAGAAGAGUGGUCAUCCAUUAAGGAAGCGUUGAUACACAUGAAAGAAAGAAAGCUGGCCAAUGCGCGGGGUCUGAAAGGCAAAUUGUUGUUGGAUUGUCUUUAAAUAUCCACUACUUUUUGAGCAGAAUUCUAGCUUUGUAUAGGCUAAUGUUAAUUAAUGUUGCUAUUGUUGAAAGCACAAAGGUGUGUAAUAAACAACUAGCACAUUUAUAUUUUGCAUUUUGUUUUCUUACUGUACCGAAAACGAACCGUCUAACUGCUCGUUAACACUUUAUUUCUAAUCAGCCAAUCACAUGGCGGCAACUCAGUGCAUUUAGGCAUGUAGACAUGGUUUAAGACAAUCUCCUACAGUUCAAACCGAGCAUCAGUAUGGGGAAGAAAGGUGAUUUGAUUGACUUUGAACGUGGCAUGGUUGUUGGUGCCAGAAGGGCUAGUCUGAGUACUUCAGAAACUGCUGAUCUACUGGGAUUUUCACGCACAACUCUCUCUAGGGUUUACAGAGAAUGGUCCGAAAAAGAAAAAAUAUCCAGUGAGCGGCAGUUCUGUGGGCGGAAAUGCCUUGUUGAUGCCAGAGGUCAGAGGAGAAUGGCCAGACUGGUUCGAGCUGAUAGAAAGGCAACAGUGACUCAAAUAACCACCCGUUACAACCAAGGUAGGCAGAAGAGCAUCUCUGAACGUGCAGUACGUCGAACUUUGAGGCUUAUGGGCUACAGCAGCAGAAGACCACGCCGGGUGCCACUCCUUUCAGCUAAGAACAGGGAAAUGAGGCUACAAUUUGCACAAGCUCAUCGAAAUUGGACAAUAGAAGAUUGGAAAAACGUUGCCUGGUCUGAUAAGUUUCGAUAACUGCUGCAACAUUCGGAUGGUAGGGUCAGAAUUUGGCGUCAACAACAUGAAAGCAGUGAUCCAUUCUGCCUUGUAUCAACGGUUCAGGCUGGUGGUGGUGGUGUAAUGGUGUGGGGAAUAUUUUCUUGGCACUCUUUGGGCCCCUUGGUACCAAUGGAGCAUCGUUGGAAUGCUACAGCUUACCUGAGUAUUUUUGCUGACCAUGUCCAUCCCUUUAUGACCACGAUGUACCCAACUUCUGAUGGCUACUUUCAGCAGGAUAAUGCGCCAUGUCAUAAAGCUGGAAUCAUCUCAGACUGGUUUCUUGAACACAACAAUGAGUUCACUGUACUCAAAUGGCCUCCACAGUCACCAGAUCUCAAUCCAAUAGAGCAUCUUUGGGAUGUGGUGGAACGGGAGAUUCGCAUCAUGGAUGUGCAGCCGACAAAUGUCAGAUGUCAUUAAGUGUUAUCCGGGAAUUUAUGUAACUACUGUAACUUUGACAUCGAUUCAAAAGUGAGAUCAUUUCCCGGAUGACACAAAAUGAUAUCUGUCAUAAAAGCAAAAAAAAAAAAAAAACGUGCAGUUAGCAUACAUUUUACAUAAAUAUUGUGAACUAUGAUGCAUGUCAGUCAGCAAAUGGAGCGGCGGCCUUUGUAAACAAAGAGCUUUUUCAAUUGAAAAUUCUUGUUAAUAAAUGCUUAAAUCCCUGAAUUCUUUAUAAAUAUGGAUGUAAAACGGUCUUGAUUCUUGAUUAAAAGCAAAAAAAAAAAAAAAACGUGCAGUUAGCAUUUAUUUUACGUAAAUAUUGCGAACUAUGACGCCAAUGCUGCUUUCUCCUAUUGAUUUUUUUCACAACAUUUCAAAAGGCAUGCAUGGUUCGAAGAAAAUAAUAAUUACCUUGAAUGCUUGAGCAAAUCACUACUAAGUCAGAAAAUCACUACUAAGACAUGUUUUCCUCAUUUUGAAUCCUGCAGCUCAUAGUCCAAUGCGGCUUAUUUGUCGAUUUAUUGGGUUCGUUUUAGGUCUGUCCCAGACGACAAUUUUUUUCCCGAUUAGUCAGCAGAUUUUUUUUAAUGAUUAGUCACCUAUUCUAAUAGUUAUAUAUUUUUAUUAAAGAUGCACCGAUACCGAUACUAGUAUCGGCAGGGGGCGCCAAUCCGGCCCGAAAUGGUGGUAUCGGUAUCGGCGAGUACCAACAAA